GGCCAACAGUUACAGGCAAAGAGGAAGUGGUAGCAAUCUAGUCCCCCAGAGAGGUGGUGGAGGCACCAGGGUGCAGGGCUGGCUGGGAGGCGGCAGCCAUGGAGAUGUGGCGCCAGUGCACCCACUGGCUGAUCCAGUGCCGGGUGCUGCCGCCCAGCCACCGGGUGACCUGGGACGGGGCGCAGGUGUGCGAGCUGGCACAGGCCCUGCGGGAUGGCGUCCUUCUGUGCCAGCUGCUCAACAACCUGCUACCCCAUGCCAUCAACCUGCGUGAGGUCAACCUGCGCCCCCAGAUGUCUCAGUUCCUGUGCCUUAAGAACAUCCGGACCUUCUUAUCUACCUGCUGUGACAAGUUUGGCCUUAAGCGGAGUGAGCUAUUUGAGGCCUUUGACCUUUUCGAUGUGCAGGAUUUUGGGAAGGUCAUCUAUACCCUGUCGGCGCUGUCCUGGACCCCUAUUGCCCAGAACAAGGGGAUCAUGCCCUUCCCCACCGACGAGGACAGUGUGGGUGACGAUGACAUCUACAGUGGCCUGUCUGACCAGAUUGACGACACAGUGGAGGAGGAUGAAGACCUGUACGACUGUGUGGAGAACGAGGAGGCUGAGGGCGAUGAGAUCUAUGAGGACCUCAUGCGCUCGGAGCCGCUGCCCAUGCCGCCCAAGAUGACCGAGUAUGACAAGCGGUGCUGCUGCCUGCGAGAGAUCCAGCAGACGGAGGAGAAGUACACGGACACGCUGGGCUCCAUCCAGCAGCACUUCAUGAAACCUUUGCAGCGGUUCCUCAAACCUCAAGACAUUGAGACCAUCUUCAUCAACAUCGAGGACCUGCUUCAAGUGCAUACCCUAUUCAUAAAGGAUAUGAAGGAAGCUCUGAUCACCCCUGCUGCAUCCACCCUCUACCAAGUCUUCAUCAAAUACAAGGAGAGAUUCCUUGUGUAUGGCCGAUACUGCAGCCAGGUGGAGUCAGCGAGCAGGCAUCUGGACCAGGUUGCCACAGCCCGGGAGGAUGUGAAGAUGAAGCUGGAGGAAUGUUCUCAGCGAGCAAACAAUGGGAGGUUCACCUUGAGGGACCUGCUGAUGGUGCCAAUGCAGCGUGUGCUCAAGUAUCACCUCCUUCUUCAGGAGCUGGUGAAACACACACAAGACCCUCUAGAGAAGGAGAACUUGCGGCUGGCUCUGGAUGCCAUGAGGGAUCUGGCACAGUGCGUGAAUGAGGUCAAGCGGGACAAUGAGACACUGAGACAGAUCACCAACUUCCAGCUGUCUAUCGAGAACCUGGACAAGUCUCUGGCCAAUUACGGCCGGCCCAAAAUCGACGGGGAGCUCAAGAUUACCACCAUGGAACGGCGCUCCAAGAUGGACAGGUACGCCUUCCUGCUGGACAAGGCCCUGCUCCUCUGUAAGCGCAGAGGAGACUCCUAUGAACUGAAGAACUUCGUGCAUCUGCACAGCUUCCAAGUUCGAGAUGACUCUUGUGGAGAUCGCGACAACAAGAAGUGGACUCACAUGUUUCUCCUGAUCGAGGACCAAGGCACCCAGGGCUACGAGCUCUUCUUUAAGACGCGAGAAUUGAAGAAGAAGUGGAUGGAGCAGUUCGAGAUGGCCAUCUCUAACAUCUACCCUGAGAAUGCCGCUGCCAAUGGGCAUGACUUCCAGAUGUUUUCCUUUGAGGAGACUGCAUCCUGCAAAGCUUGCCAAAUGCUGCUGAGAGGCACUUUCUAUCAGGGCUACCGUUGUCAUCGGUGCAAGGCACCUGCACACAAGGAGUGUCUGGGGAGGGUUCCACCCUGUGGCCGACAAGGGCAAGAUUUUUCAGGGACUCUGAAAAAGGACAAGUUACAUCGCAGGGCUCAGGAAAAAAAGAAGAACGAGAUAGGUCUUCCCAAAAUGGAGGUGUGUCAGGAGUACUAUGGGGUUCCUCCACCACCAGGAGCCCUUGGGCCUCCUCUGCGACUCAACUCUGGAGACAUUGUGGAGCUCACCAAGGCUGAGGCUGAGCAGAACUGGUGGGAGGGCAGGAAUAUAUCUACCAAUGAAGUUGGCUGGUUUCCCUGUAACAAGGUCAAGCCCUACGUGCAUGGCCCCCCUCAGGACCUGUCUGUUCAUCUCUGGUACGCUGGGCCCAUGGAGCGGGCUGAGGCUGAGAACGUCCUCGCCAGCCGCUCGGAUGGCACCUUCCUGGUGCGGCAGAGGGUGAAGGACGCUGCGGAGUUUGCCAUCAGCAUUAAAUGUAAUGUUGAGGUCAAGCACAUUAAAAUCAUGACAGCAGAAGGACUCUACCGGAUCACAGAGAAGAAGGCUUUCCGCGGGCUUCUGGAGCUGGUGGAGUUUUACCAACAGAACUCCCUGAAGGAUUGCUUCAAGUCCCUAGACACCACCCUGCAGUUCCCCUACAAAGAGCCCGAGAGAAGAGCCAUCAGCAAGCCACCAGCAGGGAACAUGAAGUAUUUCGGCACAGCCAAAGCCCGCUAUGACUUCUGUGCCCGGGACCGGUCAGAGCUGUCCCUCAAGGAGGGCGACAUCAUCAAGAUCCUUAGCAAGAAGGGACAGCAAGGCUGGUGGCGAGGAGAGAUCUACGGCAGGGUGGGCUGGUUCCCUUCCAACUACGUGGAGGAGGACUACUCUGAGUACUGUUGAGCCUUGGCCGCUGGAAGAGAGACGAGACUCCAGGCUCUGUGCCUGCUUGAGCAGGCAGCAGGACCAGGGACUGCAACAGCCCCCACAGGCUGAGUCCAAGAUGGAAUGAGGCGGCCUCACAUCAGCUGGCGGGGCUCCUGGAUUGCGCCCCGUCAGAGUUAAUUUAUAACACACUGCUGAAGGCAGGCCUUUAAUAAAAGGAUAA